AUGUUUUCCCACGUGCUACGCUCCCUAACGUCGGAUCAUGGCCUCGUUCCUCGCAAAUGGGAAUUUCAGGACGAAGUUCCGCUUGUGGGCUCCGAUCGUUCGCUUUUUAUUGCUAUGGGAACCACUGCUCUGAUCUCCCUGGUGUCCUCUCUUUCUCUACUCAGUUUCCUGACCUACCGAUUUGUCUACUGGCAACGAUACUACAAAAGCCCGCUCGCCAAGAACCAGUAUGUCGUGCUCAUCUAUAACUUGCUUCUCGUCGACUUGCAACAGUCUCUCGCUUUCUUGAUAUCCCUCUACUGGGCGUCUGUGGGAAGUGUUCGCUUUGGUGAAGCCGCCUGUUACUUGCAAGGGUGGUGGAUCCAGACAGGUGACCCUGGCAGUGGAUUGUUUGUCUUGUCUAUCGCCCUGCAUACAGGUGCAGUCGUUCUACGUGGUCGUCAAGUGACAUUCCAAACCUUUAUCUGGUGUGUGGUCGGACUUUGGGCUUUCAUUUUGAUUCUGGGAUUCAUUCCUGUCGGUCUAUACGGGAAAGAUGUCUUUGUGAUCUCUGAGGCCAACUGGUGCUGGGUGAGUCCCGAGUAUGAAGACGAACGUCUCUGGGGUCACUACUUCUGGAUUUUCCUUUCCGAAUUCGGCACCGUUGUGCUCUAUGCGAUCAUGUUCUUCUACCUCCGACGCCGUAUGCAACAAGCGAAACAACUGCGCCGUGGCCAACAAGAAAGUCUGCACCGUCUCAACCGAGUCGUCGUUUACAUGGUUGUCUAUCCUCUGGUGUAUGUUGUCCUGUCUUUGCCACUUGCCGCCGGUCGUAUGGCCACUGCACGUGGUAGUGCACCCAGUAAGACCUACUUCGGUGUAGCCGGUUGCUUGAUGGCCCUGUCCGGCUUCUUCGAUGUGAUGGUAUACACCUUGACCCGUCGCCAUCUCCUGAUCGACACCGAGCACAGCACCACCGACCGCAACUACGACAACACCGACUCGCAGUGGCAGACCAACAUCACUACCAACGCUGGAGGAUCAUCGAAGCCCCGCAGCAAGGGAUUCCGCAGCAAAGGAGGUUCUCGCUUUGGCUCCCGAUUCCGCCAGAAUUCCAACCCCGACACCAAGAGGACCAGUCCCUUCGAUGACUCGACCGAUGAUAUCGUCCCUAAGAAUGAAAUGGAAAUGUCCAACUUCGGCGGUGUGGUUCAAGAAACAACAAUCGAGAUCUCACACGAGCCCGCCUCCGCAUAUGAGUCUGAUGAACACACUGGGCGCCGCAACAGCUAA